UGCUUCCGUCCCCGGGCCCCAUCCACCGCCAGCCAUCGCCUGCCUCCAGUCUGCGCGAGUCCACGCAGCUCCCCAGGCACUUCACCAGCACAGCAGCGGCAGGUAUGGCGGGCAUGGAGCAGCGUGAGGGCACCAUCCAAGUGCAGGGCCAGAACCUCUUCUUCCGAGAGGCACGGCCAGGCAGUGGACAGGCCACUCGCUUCUCUGUGCUGCUGUUGCAUGGUAUCCGCUUCUCCUCCGAGACCUGGAAGAACCUGGGUACACUGCACAGGCUGGCACAGGCUGGCUACCGGGCCGUGGCCAUUGACCUGCCAGGUCUGGGGCACUCCAAGGAAGCAGCAGCCCCUGCCCCUAUUGGGGAGCUGGUCCCUGGCAGCUUCCUGGUGGCUGUGGUGGAUGCCUUGGAGCUGGGCCCCCUGGUUGUGAUCAGUCCAUCGUUGAGUGGCAUGUACUCCUUGCCCUUCCUCACAGCCCCUGGCUCCCAGCUCCGGGGCUAUGUGCCAGUGGCCCCCAUCUGUACUGACAAAAUCAGUGCUGCCGACUAUGCCAGUAUAAAGACUCCGGCUCUGAUUGUAUAUGGAGACCAGGACCCCAUGGGUCAGACCAGCUUUGAGCACUUGAAGCAGCUGCCCAACCACCGGGUGCUGGUCAUGGAGGGGGCGGGGCACCCCUGUUACCUGGACAAACCUGACGAGUGGCAUACAGGGUUGCUGGACUUCCUGCAGGGGCUAGCCUAAGGCCCAGGCCUGCUGAUGGGGAAGGGCUGCCUGCCUGCCUUGGGAUCUCUCUCUCUGUCCCUCCAUGGGCCCUUGGCUCAUCCUACAUGCAACAGGUGUGUCUGUCUAUAUGUCUCUCUUGGAUCUUGUCUUUUGGGAUCUGUUUGUCUUUUCUACUUCUUUUUCUUGCCAUGACAGACUGUAGGUAAAAUCAAGAGAAAACUCAGGAAUCAAGGGACAUAAUCUGGUGGAGAGUAAUCCAUUAGAUGAGCUUCUAUACGCUUUCCUGCUUGGCUUUCACUCCUUCCUCUGCUCUGCUCAGCCUCCUCCUCCCACUUCCUCCCUCCAGCUGCCUUGUAGGCCAGUCAGCCAGUCACCCACUGCACCCCUCACACACACUCCCUGUCCCUCUUAGGCCACAGGUACAUAACAUGCUCACAUGCAUGCUUACACAUUUAGAGCCAGCUAUGACCCUUCACUUGGGAGCAAUCACAUAGGUACAUGGAACUCUGGACUGACAUGCACAUUGUCAUGUGUAGCUUUGCAUUGCAGGCAUAUACACACGUGCAUUCAUGUGCCUCCAUACAAGCACUUGCACAAGUACAUGUGCACUUCUAAUUAUGCAGCACCUCCCUGGGAAGGCGGGGACCCCAUGGGUCAGCCCUUGCAGGAGACCCUCUUGCCAGGCUUAGGAACUCCACUCACUCACAGAUUACAGCCGGCCCCAGCCCAGAAUGGCCCCCCAGAGGGGAGGGCCACCCCUUUGCCGUUCAGAUCUCCCUGCUUUUUCCCUUCCUUCUGGGUUCUCCAUGCCUCCCCAGCUUAUCAGACCUGGGUCUUCUCAGCCAAGCUUCUUUCCUGCUCUGAGGUUCGGGGGGGGGUGGGGAGACAGAGUGGAUGGAGGUCGGUGAAAUAAAGCAAUGCAAUUAGACCCUA